UCCCUCCUGGUCUCUAGCUGGCUGCAAUCUCACUGCGCGUGUCCUCGAAGCUCAACAUGCACUUCUCGCCUCAAAACAAUUGACGUGCAGAAAUUUUUCCUCCCGUGUGCUCAAACGUUGGUCUGCUCAGCCUGCGUCCGCAGAUUUCGGUCUGCAACACCUGUCGACCGUGCUCUUACUUCGCGCCCAGUGCAGCCCGGGAACAUGGUGAAUCGAUUCUUCAAGAACGAUCUCGUACGUGCGGAGGAGAUAUGUGGAAAAUCACUGGCUGACGAUCCAUACGCGAAAUCUCCCUAUUUCCAUUUCACGGACUGGCCCGUGGUCGCGUUCGAUAUCGACCACACGUUGGCGAGAUAUCGCCUCGAUAACUUACACAAGCUCUGCUACGAUCUAGUGGUGAAGUUCUUGGUCGAUAAGGGAUACUAUUCCAAAGAAACAUUCCGACCAUUCGGUGAGCUCGAUUUGAGCUACGCUCAGAGAGGCAUCUAUUUCUAUAAGCGGAAAGGAGUUUUUCUCAAGCUCGAUGAGGAAGGAAACAUCGUGCUCGCCUACUCCGGAACAACUCUCAUGGACCUCAAUGAAGCCCUAUACAAGUAUGCUGGUAGCAAAGAGCUGAUCGCGAUGAAAUAUGAUCCGUUCUUCCGAGAAGAAGGAGCCGAUCGUAAUGAGGAGCCCGUCCACUGUUUCGAUGAUUUCUUCACGACAGGGACCAUCUAUUUACUCAUGGAACUCGUUCAGAAGUGCAUCGAUGAGAAGGAUCCGGACUUCGAGUUACCAUUCAAGAGGAUCAUGGAAGCCUACAAUUUCUUGUUCGCGAAGGAAGACUUCGCGAGAGGAGAAGGAGGGUUUUUCUCAGCUCUCAAGGAAAACCCAUCGGAAUACUUGUACACCCUCUCGUCUGAUUUUCUGCAGUGGUUGAAGACGUUGAAGGAAAGCAAACUUGCCCUCUUGAUUAUCACGAACAGUAAAGCUGAUUUCGCAAACUUCGUGCUUGGAUUCGUCAUCGGGGAAGAUUGGCGAGACUACUUCGACGCUGUAAUCACCAGCGCCAAGAAACCACAUUUCUUCACGCUCACCGUGAGGAAUUUCUACUGGUUGGACGGCUUCGAGCAGGGAGAGGUGGUGAAGCCUGGAGAGUACGCGAAAGGUCGCGAGUUCUGCCACGGAGGCUUCUUCAAUUUGAAAUAUAUAAUCAAAGCCGCGUGUGGACACAUGACUCCUCGGAUGCUCUUUGUCGGAGAUAAUCUUGUGGGCGAUAUUUACGCUUGUCAUGAAACGAUGGUGUGCGGUGUGAUUGGAGUCGUCGAGGAGUUCGGGUCUGAAAGGUCUUCCGCAUGGGGGCCCAUGCUGGGAACGAAGAGCGAACCUUCUUUCUGGCGCAGGAAACUCGAGCAAUGGACCACGGGAAUCGUGUCCUCGGUGGAAACGCUGACCCGUUAUAAGCCCGAUGAAAGGAUAAUAUAUUCAUCGCCCGAAUUCCACGUAUUCACGUAUAGAUAUUUCAAGAGUGAUUUGCCGACUCGAAGGGAGAAAGUUCCUUUAGUCAGCGCUUCCAAACGGCAAAUAGCGCUGUAGAAAAACUCCGCUUUCGUAUGUCGCCCUGUAGUAUUCGAUUCGGCAUG